CGCCAAGGGAGGGGCCCGGAGCCCCGCCCCCAGGGAGGGGCCGUCCGCAGGUCUCCCCUCUCCUCUCCACGUCUCCAGCUCCGGGGUUGAAAAGGCAGUGCACGCGGCGUCAAUGAACUGAGACUGAGCCAAGAGCCGGGCCCUCCCUCUAGGUUUCUGGGCCAGCAGGAUGCUGGAGCGAGAGGCGGAGUCUGCGGCCGGGGGCGCCGAGCCUAGCCCCGCUGACAAGGAGCCUGUGACCAAAGGAGAAGCUCCCGACCAGGGCCCGCCGCAGAAGCCCAGCCAGUCUGUUCCAGGGCCCGCUGCCUCCACGGGGGCGCCUUCCCGACCCCGCCGGAGACCCCCGCCCCAGCGCCCGCACCGCUGCCCCGACUGUGACAAGGCCUUCUCGUACCCGUCCAAGCUGGCCACGCACCGGUUGGCACACGGCGGCGCCCGCCCCCACCCGUGCCCCGACUGCCCCAAAGCUUUCUCCUACCCCUCCAAGCUGGCCGCCCACCGCCUCACGCACAGUGGCGCCCGCCCGCACCCGUGCCCGCACUGCCCAAAGGCCUUUGGCCACCGCUCCAAGCUGGCAGCCCACCUCUGGACCCACGCUCCCGCCCGCCCCUACCCGUGCCCCGACUGCCCCAAGUCCUUCUGCUACCCCUCCAAGCUGGCGGCCCACCGCCACACGCACCAUGCUACCGACGCCCGCCCCUAUCCUUGCCCUCACUGCCCCAAGGCUUUUUCAUUCCCCUCCAAACUGGCGGCCCAUCGCCUGUGCCAUGACCCCCCGACUGCGCCGGGCAGCCAGGCCACCGCGCGGCACCGCUGCUCCAGCUGUGGCCAGGCGUUUGGCCAGAGACGCCUCCUACUCGUUCACCAGCGCAGCCAUCACCAGGCUGAGAGCCCCGGGGAGCGGGAGUGAGCGCUCCUCUUGGCUCACUGGCUCCCUCUGCUGCCAGCCCCAGUCAAUAAAGAGGUGGCAUCUCUAA